GCUGUUGUCUUUUGGCAUUUUUCUUCCUACCCAGCGCUUGACUGACUAAUCAUUCAUCAAAUCAAACCCCUCUUAAAUUCUCUCCAAAACUCAAAUUUAAAUUGAAUUUAGUGGUUGUAGUAGUUUGGAAAAAAAAAAAAAAAACUAAGUAAAUAAAAACACCCUUCUUUUUGCAUUUCUUGGUCUCUACAAUUUUUCAGUGUCACUUUUCUACUAGUCAUCACAUCCUCAUACUACUGCAUUUUCUAGAAGGUUUUGCUUAUAUAAUCCAUUGAGAUUUUCUUGGAAUAUCCUAUUAACCCCAGAUCAGAUUUUUGCAAAUUUAGCCAUUUUAGAUUCUUAGGCAGUUGUCAGCAAUUAAAACUGACUUCUUAGUAAAGUAAAGAAAAGAUUUUUACUGCAUAAAAAUCUGUUCUUUAGUAAGGUUUAAGUGAUUUUGGAUAAAUGAAAUGCAUUUCUGUUGUUAAGGCCAGAUUUUGAUUGCAUAAAAAUCUGAUCUUUAGUAGGUUUUAAGUCAUUUCGGGUAAAUGAAAUGCAAAUCUGUUGUUAAGACCAGAUUUUGAUUGCAUAAAAAUCUGAUCUUUAGUGGGUUUUAAGUCAUUUUGGGUAAAUGAAAUACAAAUCUUUUGUUAAGACCAGAUUUUGAUUGCAUAAAAAUCUUAUCUUUAGUGGGUUUUUAUGGGUUCUUGUUUCAGUAUUGAAGAAGAUGAAUCAGAACUGCACCAACAUAACAAGCCAGUUGGCCAUGGUGUUGGUGCAUAUCCUACCAAGUCAAAUCCUGUAAUUCCCCAAAGUACUAAUCGUGAUGCUAAAGACACUGAAAAGGCAAGCAGCAUUGUGGUAAUACCCAAAAAUCUCAAGGACCUGCGGCAGAAUCCUGGGAGUAGUAACCUUGAUAUCUUCACAUAUGAAGAGAUGAAGUUGUCUACCAAGCACUUUCGACCAGAUAAGGUUCUUGGAGAGGGUGGAUUCGGCAUUGUCUACAAAGGAAUUAUUGACGAGCAUGUCAGGCCAGGAUACAAGACGACAUAUGUUGCCAUUAAGGAGCUUGAUCCAGAAGGUCUUCAGGGCGAUAGAGAGUGGCUGGCAGAGGUGAACUAUUUGGGGCAGCUUCGACAUCCAAAUCUGGUGAAGCUGAUUGGAUACUGCUGCGAGGAUUACCAUAGACUAUUAGUUUAUGAAUAUAUGGCAUCUGGCAGCCUGGAAAAGCACCUUUUUCCAAGAGUGUGUGCAACUUUAACGUGGUCAAGAAGAAUGAGAAUUGCUUUGGAUGCUGCUAAAGGGCUCGCUUUUCUUCAUGGAGCUGAAAGGCCUAUAAUAUACAGGGACUUCAAGACGUCAAACAUUUUGUUGGAUGCGGAAUUCAAUGCAAAGCUUUCCGACUUUGGACUUGCAAAAGAUGGGCCCAUGGGAGAUCAAACACAUGUAUCAACUCGUGUAAUGGGCACUUAUGGCUAUGCUGCACCGGAGUAUGUCAUGACCGGACAUUUAACAGCCAGAAGUGAUGUUUAUGGUUUUGGCGUUGUUUUGCUUGAAAUGCUCAUUGGAAGGAGAGCAAUGGACAAAAGUAAACCUAGCCGGGAACAUAACCUUGUAGAAUUUGCUCGACCUCUCUUGAAUCAUAGCAAGAAGCUUUUCAGGAUAAUGGACCCCAGACUGGAAGGUCAAUACUCCUCUAAAACUGCAUUAAAAGUUGCCAAUCUAACCUAUCAAUGCCUAAGCCAAAACCCGAAAGGAAGGCCUGUCAUGAGUCAAGUCGUUGAAAUACUUGAAGCGCUUCAACCACAAGAUAAAGGUGAAGAAGCAAUUCUUACGAGUGGAAGUGGCGGUGUCACCUUGUAUGAAGCUAAAACAAACCCACUCAAAUGUGAAAGUGAAAGAGAAGCUGAUGCAGCACAGAGGAGUAAACAAACAAAUGGAAGAAGCAAGAGCGAGAUACCAAAGGAGUGUGACCUUUAUAGCCCUUCUCCUGAUCUUGUGCUCGACGUGGGAUCAGUUUCUUCAAGAAGUUGAAGCUACCAAGCAAAGCUGAGAUGAAUCUUGUGUUGUACCAAAUGCAUCUUUAUUACUCCGCAUUACAUAUCUUUUCUCUUAGCAUUCCUUCAUUGGAGGAAUUAUCUAUACUUGGAAGACACUUUGUAUGUCAUUCCGCGUCUAUUUUAUUAUGUUGUAUUGAGGAAAUUGCCUUAGCUAUGAGACAUUUGGUGAUAUUAGGGAAAUAAUAAGGUCCCUCCGAAGGAGGGGUCUGGCAUCAAGCAUCAUUUAGACCAAAUAUAUUGCUAAGACCUUAAGUUUUUGGAAUUCUUUCUUUUGAAUGGAGUCUCUUUAAGGAAA